CGCAAAGUGUGUGCGUGUCCGUGUCCGUGUGUGUGUGUGUGUUUGUCAGUGUGCUCAGGAAAACGGGUAAGGGCGGCCACCAUUGGACUGGUUCCCUGGAGCCGUGUUUGCCACCAUGAAAAACGGAAAACGGCUGUGUGCGGUGGCCAACCAUUCUAAUUCAAGCGCUGCUCGGCUCGCACCAUUCUGGCCCGCGCCAGUGCGCCCAACUGUGUCUGCCUGUAUUUGUGAGUGUGUGUGUGUGUAUGUGUGUCUCUCUCUCUUUGGUUCAAUUGUGCUGCCCAUUGCUCUUCGCAGCGCGGUACUUUUUUUGCCUAUGAUCAACAGUUUUGACAGGUGCUUUAUCGGUUUACAAUGUGUUUCGGCUUUGACUCGUUAGCGAAACGCGGUGGCACGCGCGCGCGGCUCCAGACGGGGCAGAGCGGCGGCGGAGUGUUUGAUAUGUGCGCGCGUGCUACUUAGAUGAAGCGCAAAGCGGAACAAAACAUCGCGACCGUGUUGCGCACGCGCGCCCCCUUACGCGAGUGCUGUGCGUGAGUGAGCGAAACGGCGAAAGAGAGUGAGAGUGUUAGAAAGAAGUGCGAGAGAGAAAGAGAAAAAGAUAGAGAGAGAGUGUGUGUGUGUGAGAGAUAGAGAGAUAGAUAGAGAGAAGGCGAGUGCGCGCGAUCAUAACUGGCGCGAAAAGCUGUGACGUAACACGUGGUGUGCAAUAAUCGGGAAGAUUUAAUUCUGUGCCACAGUGUGUCCGUGUGUUUAUGUGUGUGUUUGUGUGUGUGUGUUUACAGUGUACACAGCUACGUGUGUUUAUGUGUGAGAAGAAAAGAGAGAGAGAGCAUUAUUUUUCCGAUGUGUGUGUGUGUCUAUCGGUGUAUGUGCCUGCGAGCCAAGUGAUCUUCACAACAAAUCUUCACUGUUUAGCCGUGCGCGUUUUAUCGGAGCGUUUCUUCAAGGGGCUUCUUGCAAAACUGCCAACUGACAGCUUCCACCCCCUUCCCGCCCAGCCAUAUGAUCGCUGCUGAUUAGAGCCGCAACGCGCAACAACAGUGCUUGAUAAGGCACCCCACCCCGAGAGCGGGUCAUUACAAAAGAAGUCAAUGGGCCACACUUAAGGUGUACGGUUUUACAGCAACAGAUAGUAGGAAAAAGGGGUACAAGUUGAUCGAUAAGCUCCCCUUAAGGCCAUAAAUCAUUACCGGCUGCACGCCUUCGUAAGUGCACGGUGGUAACUAGAUAGUCAAUCUAAGCCAUUCUACCCACGAAACCAACAAUCAGUUAGUCAAAUACGUAGUCAAACCAAAAAAAAAAACACAAAACAAAAAAACAAAACUAUACAUACAAAGUAAAGAAAUAGUCAGUCUGUAAGACACUUUUUAGCGAAAUUGCAUAGCAAACCUAGAAAAAGAAGAGGUGCAAGGAAAAAAAGAAACAUUGAAGCAUACAAAAAGGCAAACCAUUUGCAACUGACACCAAAAAACAAAACAAAUCAAGGGACGGUGCAAACGAGCAAACGUUGCAAAGCCAAACCAAAAGCAGAAAAGGCAGAAAAAAGCUAAUAACAAAGUAACAAAUCAAAACCAUGGAUACCAAAGCAGCAUCAGCGGGACCCGCCCCGACGCAUUUACCUUCGUCCACAUAUCCAGCGACGUCACCGUACUCGAAGGGUGCCCGGUCGUCGCACCAGUAUUUUAGUCUAAGAUGGAACAACUACCAGUCAAACAUGACGUCCGUGUUCCACGAGCUGCUCGAGUCACAAUCCUUCGUCGAUGUUACGCUAGCCUGCGAAUACAACUCACUAAAGGCGCACAAGGUGGUUCUGUCGGCGUGUUCGGCGUACUUUCAAAAAAUUCUCCUGGACAACCCGUGCAAGCAUCCGACCAUCAUACUGCCGGCCGAUAUAUGCUUUUCCGAUCUGCAGUUCAUCAUCGAGUUCGUGUACCGCGGGGAAAUCGAUGUAUCCGAGGCAGAGCUGCAGAGCUUGUUACGGACAGCGGAGCAGCUGAAAAUUAAAGGCCUGUGCGAGGUAGGCGAACCACAGUACGAGCAGGACUACUCGCCCGCACUAAAGCGCUACAAACCGUACCGGUCACGGUCGCCCCCGGACAACCGGCAUCAGCACCAUCACCACCAGCAACCACCGCCCCCACCACCACCCUCCGGUGCAUCGGGAUCGACCAGUGGUGGCCGAUCCGGUUCGUCCGCAGCAGGAGCAGGAGGAUCGCACGGCAGCGGUGGCAGCAGUGGCGGCAACAGCAGCAACAACAACAACAACAACAGUUCGUCUUCCUCCCAGUCGACGGGAUACAGCGAGAACGGUAAAGGCUGCAGUACCGGCAAGGGCGGCAGUGGCGGAGGUAGCGGCGGUCUAGGAUCUGGGGCAGGGCGCACCCUUUACCAUCCCUCACAGCACCAUCACCCGCUGCACCAUCAUCUGCAUCAUCAUCCGCACCACCAUCUGCAUCAUCUGCACCAUCCCCCGCCAAUUGGCGGUGACCCGCGGACGACGACCACCCCUGGCCAUAUUGUCGAGGACGACGAUGAUGGAUCGGUGCUAGUGGUCGAAACGCACGAUCUGACUACGACGGGAUCGAAGGAUAAGCAUUAUCAGCAGCAGCAGCAGCAGCAGCAGCAACACCAUCAAUCGCAACAAGCGCACCACCAUCCUCACCCGCAUCAUCCUCAUCAUCCGCAGCAGCAUCCACUCGGUAGCAAAAUGGCUAGCCUAGGGAUGGGCGUUGGAAUAAAUGGUGGUUCCGUUAUGGGCGUACCGAUGGGAUAUUUGGACUUUGCACCAGAGCCUCCAGCACCGACGGCGACGCCAGUGACAGAGCAUGUGGACAUUAAUUGUGCGCCUAGCAGCCACGAUACACGUGAUCUGUCCAGUAAGUAUUCUGUGCCAAACGAUGGUGACUUACGAGUGAAAUUCGAAACGUUACGUUCGCUAGAUCCUCCGAAUGCGGUGCAACUGGACAAUCACACAGUCAGCCAUCAGCAGCAGCUCCACCAUCAGCAACAGCAGGCGCAACAGCAGGCGCAGCAGCAGCAGCUCCUGCAGCAACAACAGCAUUUACUGCAACAGCAGCAGCAACAGCAGCAGCAGCAAAGACAGACACCGCAGCCAGCGGGUGCUCAACAGCAGCAGAAUGACCAUCAGCGGCACUCGCCGCCGCACAUGCAGCAGCAGCAGCAACAACCACAGCAGCACAUAAUGCUGAUGGAUCAACAGCAGCAGCAGCACCACCCAACCACCCAUAGUCCGGCGUCAAGUGUGUCGUCGUCAUCGUCCAGCCAGCAUCCGGAGAACUUGGUUACUGGCAGCGGUGGGGCUGCCGGCUCGGUGACGCCUGGUCCGCCCACCAACAAUAGCAACGGCAACGGAGCGGGCGGAGAUGAGCUGAAGCCGAGACUGAACCUGAAGCAGGAAAACAUCAGCGAUGAGCAGCAGCAUCAAACGAUGGAGGUCGAGCAAGACCAGUCCUCGAUGCACGGCAUGGUGGUAACGCCGGAAAUUUCGGGCAUCAUGAACCAGAGCCAAAUGAGCGAUAUGUACCAGUCGGAUGCUAGCGAGGACUCGAAGGUGGGCAUUCUGGACGGUUCGUCGAUGCAGUACACCAAUCUGACCAGCCCCAACGAAGCGAAAACGCCUACCGGACCGAAAACAUGGACCGCGGAAGAUAUGGAGUCGGCGCUCGAAGCGCUACGCUCCCACAACAUGAGCUUGACUAAGGCCUCUGCUACGUACGGUAUUCCAUCGACGACACUGUGGCAGCGGGCGCACCGGCUCGGCAUCGAUACACCGAAAAAGGAGGGUCCGUCCAAGACGUGGAACGAGGACUCGCUCAACAGCGCACUGGAAGCGCUACGGACGGGCACGAUCUCCGCCAACAAGGCCUCGAAAGCGUUCGGCAUACCGUCAUCGACGCUGUACAAGAUUGCGCGCCGCGAAGGCAUCCGCCUGGCGGCGCCGUUCAAUGCCGCACCCACCACCUGGUCCGCGGAAGAUUUGGACCGUGCCUUGGAAGCGAUCCGUGCCGGGCAGACCUCCGUGCAGAAGGCCAGCACCGAGUUCGGCAUUCCCACUGGCACACUGUACGGGCGCUGCAAGCGCGAGGGCAUCGAGCUGUCCCGAUCGAAUCCCACGCCCUGGUCCGAAGACGCGAUGAUGGAAGCGUUGGAAUCUGUCAAGCAAGGACACAUGUCCAUCAAUCAAGCCGCCAUCCACUAUAACCUACCGUACAGCUCACUGUACGGCCGGUUCAAGCGCGGCAAGUACGAUACGCCCAGCUCGGGAGGCGGCGGCGGUGGCAGUUCGUCCAAUGCUGCUGCUGCUGCUGCUACCGGUGGAGGCGGCGCGGGCAGCGGUGGCGGUAGUGGCGCCGGCAGCGCCGCUAGUGCCGGAACAGGUGGCAAUAAUGUUGGCAGUAGUCCCCAGAUGGAGUUUAAAAUAGAACCACAGCAUAACGAUCAUAGUCCAGAGAACACGCAACAUUACAAUCCUGCACUAUCGGCUUCCUCGACGCCUACAAGUAAUACGCCAACUCAGCAGCAGCAGCAGCAGCAGCAACAGCAGCAGCAGCAGCAGCAGCAGCAGCAGCAGCAGCAGCAGCAGCAGCAGCAACAACAACAACAGCAGCAGCAACAACUUACUCACCAUUUAGUUCAACAGCCCCCGUCGGUGCUACCGGUCAGCAUUCACAUUGUCGAUGCGGCCGCCCAUCACCACCUUGCACAUCCGCAUCAGCAGCUGCACCAUCAGCAGCAGCAGCUGGCACAGCCGCAGCAUGUGGUGGUAGCGCAGCACCAGCAGCAGCAGCAGCAUCACCAUCUGCACCAUCAGCCGCAGCUAAUACAGCAUCACAUCAUUCCGCAGCAACAUCACAUAAUAUAUCAGCAGCCGCUGCAACCGAUCCAGCAGCAGCCACAGUACCAUCCGAUGUACCACAUCAUCAAGCAGGAGAACGACAGAAGUUGAAAGCAGCGGCGCUCCCGCCAACAUCGGUAUGGCGGUACGCACCAUCCUCAUCAUCAUCAUCAGCAGCAGCAGCAGCAGCAGCAGCAGCAAUCGCACGAUGAUCAUGAUCCGCAGCACCAUCUUCAUCAGCAACAGUUGUAUCAUCCACCACAGCAGCAACAACAGCAGCAGCACCAUCAUCAUCAUCAUCAGCCGAUGCAUUACGAGGAUGACGGUGCAUGAUGAUGGGCGGUUGCGAGGGAGAAACAUCCGCAACAGUUUACACAGGAGUACUAAAAAGGUUAAUGCGAGAGGAAUCUUCGUUCUGCCUAGCCGCCGGAGGAGGAUAUUGUAGCAAUGGGCUCCACUUGUUCGUGGGUUGUACCGAACGGAGCAAAGGAAGCAACAUCCUGCAAGGAAGAGAAACGUCCCAAACGGGUGUGUGUGAUUUCUUUUGCGAUGUUUAGACUAUCAAACGGAAGCUUGAUCAAAUAUCGAUGCAAAAGUAGCAGAAAUAGAUAUGAAAAAGCCAGUAUAACCCCUUCUAGCAAAAACGUGGCAGACGAAAUCACACACACGAGGCGCGUAUUUGCUGGACAUUAAUUGUAGUAAAGUUAAUGCUAAAGUUAUACCUCUUCUUAAGUUACUAUCGCUCCGUUGCUCUCCCAUUUGUGAGGUAUGGUGUACAGUAGAAACAAAAUCAUGGAGGUGUAGUGUAAGGUAUCAAGCGCGCAUUAUUAAACAGUGCCGCGAGGAAUCCCGCUUGCUGUGUGGAAUAAGAUUGAUGACCGAAUGGGAUACGCUGGGAUUCAUUUAGCAGCAAAACAAACAAAACAACUGAGCGAUACAAUAACAUUUUAAAUACUGUUGAUAGGAAAAAGAUGUGCUAGUAGGAGGGCCGAGGGAGUAAGCAGUGCGGCGAGUGUGUGUCGUCCAGUGUGUAUAGUGGAAGGUUCAAGAACGGUUCAAACCAUUAUUCGCCUUAAACCGGGGACGCGGGGGACCUUCGCGUCUGGGAUCUCCUUUCCAUCAUAAGGGGAGCACAUGAGAGAGAGUUACAGAGUGGAGAGUACUGCGCAAAGAUACGGUAUGUUCCGUAGCAAAGCACAUGAAUAGUGAGGCCCCCGUUCAGCAGUUCAGCAAGUCCGUACCAUGCACGAGGCUGGGGUUGAUGUUGAUUUUUUUGAGGAUUUUUGUUGUUUUGUUUAUUGCCAAAUGGAUGUUUUGUUUUUUUACACUUACACGACUGCGCAUUCCAUAUAUCGACUAAAUGUGAAGGGGGAAAACGAAACAGGAAAGAGUGGAGCAUUGCUUUAAGAAAGAAGAAAGGCUUUUGUUUACAUAAAACACAAAAUGUCAUUUGCAAUAGGGGGAGGAGAUGCGUGGACAGUCUCUCGUCUCGUGGAGUGUUUCCUCUGCUGCCUAACAAUUAGAUUGCAGUGUGCAGUGUGUGACAAACGUUGGCAAAUGUAGCGUUCGCUAACAAGUAUCAAAUCAAACGAAACGGACUGAAUUAUAACGAUUUUUUUUGUGUGGUAAGAAAUUAGCUUAAAACCCCCUCAAGAGAAAAACAAUCUCAUUUGCAAAAGAAACAUAAAAUCAACAUGAUGUCUAGAUUUUAAUUUUAGCGUUGAAGACAGGGAGACAAACAGCCCCGUCGAUAGGUGAUAGAACGAUGGCGAUACUUUAAAGAUCGAUUCGGUUCGUCGUGAACGAGAGAGAGAGAGAGAGAGAGAGAGAGAGAGAGAGAGAGAGAGAGAGAGAGAGAGAGAGAGAGAGAGAGAGAGAAAGUAGAACGAGGUUAAAUAUUAUGUUAGUGUAAAAUCGCAGGUAAAAUGAUGCUGUGCAGCGAUAAAUUUAAUUUGUUUACUUCCUUUUGUAUUGUUAGCGCGCAUGGUGAGUGUGUGCGUGUUUGUGUCUCUACGCUGUAGCGUCGUUUUGGCGCAGCACAGGCGGGCAGCGUUUGCGUACAGUCCAUCUUCCAACCCUCGAUAGGAUGCAGACGAAGAAAUUUCUCAUCGAAUGACAAAUGCAAGCUUAAAGUGUCUGGAGUUACAUGUAUACAUAUUCUAUUGCUACUACACUGCAACAACUAUUAUUGCAAUUAUGCGAAUAUCUAUUGAUUUAUGGUAUUAUUACAUUUUGUCAUUAUUCUAUUAUAUUAUUAUUGUGCGACCGAGAAGGCAGCAAUGGGGCUGCCCGAAGGAUCAAUCGCAAUUAUUGUGAGAUUAGAUCGCGAGAAAGAGAGAUAGAGAGAGAGAGAGAGUCGAUCCUGGACAGAUAAUGUUCAUCUAGUUUCUUCCAUUUCAUUUUUAAAAAAUCGAAUCCAUGCGUCAAAUGAUGUGUAUAGCCGCAUAGCAAAACAAAAAAAAAAACAACUUCCGAUAAAAUGCGUUGCAGUUAGUCUUAGCGCGCAGUGGUAUGGCGCAGUGGUUAAUGCAAGAGCGAGAGAGACAUAUAUGAGAAGGAUCGUUCAGAACGUCACGUCGUGAGUAGCAAACCCCAUAGGUGAUUGCGCAAUAAUGUGUGUUUGUGUGUGUUUGUGAAAUUACGAAAACUUCCAUUCACUUCCCUAUAUUGUGUAGGAGCAGGAAGAACAAUAAAAAAAAACAAAAUUGUAUGUAAAGAGUAACUGAAACGCAAAAGAUUUCAAACCCCCGCGAUCAGCGUACGGAAACGAUCGGAAAGAUACAAUAAUAAAUCACGCAACAUCACGCAAAGUAUUAACAACGUUGUGUAAAUGCA